AUGGCUUCCGCCGACGACAUCGCGACCACUCUCCUUCGCGGUGCUGCCCGCGAUGACCUACCUCUAGCCGACUAUAUCCUGCGCAAAACACAAUACCUAUACGCCCUCAUCCUACUUACAGCUUUCAUAUCCGGUGCUGCUUGGUACAGCGUUGUCAACUCCAAAAAAGAAGAGGAUCAAGUACAUUCCACGAUCAAAGGCCCUGGAGGCAAGCCGUUACCCAUCACCAAGACGAAGAGCACUCGCGCCGAUGGUGAUCGUAAGAUUGGUCCCGGCUUCGGUCGUACCGCCAAGAAUGUUUUCCGCUACCUCGCCUUUGUUGUCUUCUCGACCUAUGUAGCCAGUGCUGGAUUUAUGUUUUAUCAUGCUUUCUGGUUUGAGGACCCUUACAACUGGUCCCAGGAGGGGCUUCCAUGGGCUGGCGAAUGGAGUGUUGUCCACGUUACCGGCGCUCUAUUCUUCUACCUCUACAUCCUCAUCUCCCUCUUCGACUGGCGCAAAGGUCCCAACAUUGUUCAUUUCGUUGUUUGGAUCUUGGGCUUCACUGGCGAGGUUGUUAUAUUCUCAACAACCGCAGUUGCUGCCGCUGAUUGCCACUUUUUCCGAUCUGUUAAAAAUAGCGGCUCAGAAAAGGAUGGAAACUGUGUCGAUUAUUGGACCAAAGUUGACCUCGUAUUCUACUUCGUUAGAAUCCUCCACCUACUCGCCUUGAUUGGAGUUUUCAGCUUGGCGUGGAUUCGUAAAGCUCGAGGCCUCGACGAUAGGAAAAUCGAAGAGGCUCACCCGGCUGAAUCGACACCGCUCCUUAACGGGCAUCGCCGGUCGUAUGACACUAAUGGCCAACUGGCUAACGGCCACACUCCCAACGGUCGGGAGACCAAUGGACGCCGUGGACGCGGCAGAACCAUUUCGAAUGCACACAAGACGCCCAGUUUCCCUAAGAAGGAAGAACCUGCCGCCUUUUAUCGACCCGAGAAGCUGCCACACAAGACAUGGUGGGAGUAUUUUAAGGGGUACUCUCUCUUUUUCCCUUACCUCUGGCCCAAGGACUCUGUCAAGCUUCAAAUUAAUGUCCUCAUUUGCUUCAUCUUGGUCAUGUUGCAGCGCUUGGUCAACGUCGCUGUUCCGAUGGCCGUCAAGAAGGUUGUGAAUGAUCUCGAAGAGGUGAUAAAGCUAGUUCAGUCUGGAGAACGCCUCUCGAUGGAUAACUUUCCAUUAAAGGAUUUUCUGAUCCUUGGGCUCCUGUGGAUUCUGCAAGGUCAAUCGGGACUUUUGGGCUCUCUCAGAUCUAUCCUGUGGAUUCCAGUCUCACAAUAUUCUUACCGCGGACUAACAACAGCGGCUUUUAACCACGUCCACUCACUCAGUCUCGAUUUCCAUCUUUCCAAGCGCACUGGGGAAGUUCUGUCGGCACUCAACAAAGGCUCAUCGAUCAACCAAUUCCUUGAACAGGUAACCUUUCAGGUUUUCCCUAUGCUUUUCGAUCUUUUUCUCGCCAUCUCGGUUUUCUACUACCAAUAUGGACCGCUGUAUGCUGAGAUCAACCUUGUUGAUACUUGUUGGUAUCUUUACAUGACCAUCAAGAUGGCAUCGACUCGAGCGGAUCAGCGCCGAGAGAUGACAAAUGCCGACCGCGAGGAAGAAGCUGUCAAAAACGACUCCAUCUCUAGUUACGAAACCGUCAAAUAUUUCAAUGCGGAGGAGUUUGAGUCACGUCGCUACCAAAGCAAGGUUGCUGUUUUCCAAGGCGCUGAAGCCAAGGUUCAGAUGGGCAUGAUGAUGAUGAAUAUCUGCCAGACUGUGGUUUUCAACCUCGGUAGAAUCAUCGCGGCAUUGGUGUGCGGUUGGCAGGUCGGUAUGGGUCUUCGUACCACUGGUGACUGGUUCAUGGUUGUCUCUUACUUGACACAGCUCCAGGGACCCCUUAACUUCUUUGGUACUUUCUACAGGACGGUCCAGCAAGCCAUGAUCUCCGGUGAGAGAUUACUCGAGCUUUUCAAAAUCCAACCAACAGUGGUAGACACUCCUCAUGCUGUUCCGCUAAGCAAGGAUUUCCAAGGUCAUGUGCGCUGGAACAAUGUUAGCUUCUCGUAUGACCGACGCAAGCCCGCGCUACGCAACAUCUCUUUUGAAUGUCUGCCUGGCACCACAACAGCUUUUGUCGGCGAGUCGGGCGGUGGCAAGUCGACAUUGUUUCGCCACAUGUUCCGCUACUACGAUUGCGAUGAGGGAUCCAUCGAACUGGACGGCCGCAAUGUCAAAGAUUUAACCAUCAAUUCGGUUAGAGAAGCGAUUGGUGUCGUUCCUCAGGAUACGACCCUCUUUAACGAGACACUGAUGUAUAAUCUCAAGUAUGCAAGGCCUUCUGCCACGGACGAAGAAGUCUUUGCCGCUUGCCAGGCAGCUAGCAUCCAUGACCGCAUUCUCUCCUUCCCAGAUCAAUAUAACACACAAGUUGGAGAACGUGGUCUCCGUCUGAGUGGUGGCGAAAAACAGCGGGUUGCGAUCGCACGAACAAUUCUCAAGGACCCUCGUAUCAUCAUGUUGGACGAGGCCACAUCCGCGCUGGACUCUCAUACUGAACAAGAGAUUCAAGACAACGUGUGGAGUAUUGGACAGGGCCGUACUUUACUCAUCAUUGCACACCGACUAUCAACGAUUACACACGCCGAUCAGAUCGUCGUUUUGAACUCCGGAACCAUCGUCGAGAAGGGCACCCACGAGGAACUUCUGGCGGCCAAGGGACGAUAUGCCUCAAUGUGGGAGAAGCAAAUCAGAGCUGAACGUGCUUUGGAUGUUGCUCGUGAGGCGCAAAUGAAAGCCGCAAAAGCCGUCCGCAAGGCGAAGAUGGCCCCCAAAAGGAACUCUGACGCUGCUAUUGAUAGCUUUGGAUCACCCGGAAGCCUGUCUGGGACCGGCUCUCAAGGUCAUGGGGAUGACACACACACUUCUUCGUCCUCAUCCUCGGACACGGAAUCAAGUCACAGCGAAGAGCACUCAAGAGAGCGCGAGCGCAAGUAA